UAUUUUAACAAAGCUUGUUGCUCGUGUGCUGAGUUGUAAGUGGUUUUACGGUGCAGGAGUGUUUUCGUGCAGCCUUUGUCACCUGCGCUUUAAAGGAAAAAAACAAAAUAGGCGGCGGCCGUCCAGGCGUGCGCAAGUCCAAAUAAAGACAAGAAGCGGAUCAUCUGCAGCCACGAUCCUCGGACAUGUCGACCACCGGCGAAGUGCCUCCUUUCUUCAGCAGCCCUUCCAGGCCGAGGCAGAAAUUCUGUGGCGUGUUCUGUCCAGUGGAAGGAUCCUCGGAGAGCAAGACGCUGGACUUGGACGCGGUGUCCUCCUCCAGGAGUGACGGCCGAGUCAUUAACCGGCAGACCGACAUCUGCCAGCAGAGGAAGGUGGAGAUCAGGGAGAGCACCGGCAAGGAGGCGCUGCAAAACCUGGACGAUGCAAAGAGCGACCGUCUCCUAAUCAAAGGAGCCAAGAUCGUGAACGAUGACCAGUCGUUUUGUGCUGACAUCUACAUGGAGGACGGCGUCAUCAAACAAAUCGGGGAAAACCUCAUCGUACCUGGUGGAGUGAAAACCAUUGACGCUCAUGGCCGCAUGUUGAUGCCAGGUGGCAUCGACGUGCACACACGCUUCCAGAUGCCCGAUCGAGGCAUGACCUCCGCCGACGACUUCUACCAGGGUACCAAGGCGGCACUGGCGGGCGGUACCACCAUGAUCAUUGACCACGUGGUGGCCGAGCCGGGCGUCAGCCUCAUUACCGCCUUCGAACAGUGGCAUGAGUGGGCUGACACCAAAUCUUGCUGUGACUACUCGCUGCAUGUGGACAUCACGGAGUGGCACAAAGGCAUCCAGGAGGACAUGGAGACGCUGGUGAAGGACCACGGUGUCAACUCCUUCCUGGUUUAUCUGGCUUACAAAGAUUUAUUCCAGCUCACUGACUGUCAGGUGUAUGAAGUGUUCAGCGUAAUCCGUGACCUCGGCGCUGUCGCUCAGGUGCACGCUGAGAACGGAGACAUUGUGGCUGAGGAGCAGCGCCGGAUGUUGGAGCAGGGCAUCACCGGGCCGGAGGGACACGUUUUAAGCCGACCUGAGGAGGUGGAGGCGGAGGCUGUGAAUCGAUCUGUGACUGUCGCCAAUCAGACCAACUGCCCUCUCUAUGUCACCAAGGUGAUGAGCAAGAGCGCCGCUGAUGUUAUUGCGCAAGCGAGGAAGAAGGGCACCGUGGUGUACGGGGAGCCAAUUGCUGCCAGUCUGGCAACAGACGGCUCGCAUUACUGGAGCAAGAACUGGGCCAAAGCAGCCGCCUAUGUCACCUCACCUCCUCUGAGCCCCGACCCGACCACACCGGACUAUCUUAACUCCCUGCUGUCCUGUGGUGACCUGCAGGUGACGGGCAGUGCGCACUGUCCCUUUAACACCGCUCAGCGUGCUGUGGGAAAAGACGACUUCAGCCUGAUUCCUGAAGGUGUCAACGGCACAGAGGAGAGGAUGUCCAUCAUCUGGGACAAGUGUGUGGUGACUGGUAAAAUGGACGAGAACCAGUUUGUAGCAGUGACCAGCACCAACGCUGCCAAGAUCUUCAACCUGUACCCCCGCAAGGGUCGUAUUGCUGUGGGUUCAGACGCCGACCUGGUGCUGUGGGACCCGGACAUCACGAAGAUCAUCUCCGCCAAGAGCCACAACUCUACUGUGGAGUACAAUAUCUUUGAAGGCACAGAGGUGCGAGGUGGGCCACUGGUGGUGAUCAGCCAGGGAAAGAUCGUGCUCGAGGAUGGGAAUCUUCACACCAAUGAAGGCUCAGGACGCUAUGUGGCCCGUAAACCUUUUCCGGACUAUGUCUACAAGAGGAUAAAGGCUCGCAGCAGGCUGGCUGAGCUGAGAGGUGUACCCAGGGGACUCUAUGAUGGUCCAGUCUGUGAGGUGUCAGUCACUCCUAAAGCCAUGACACCUGCCUCCUCUGCUAAGACCUCACCCGCUAAGCAGCCCAACCAGCCCGUGCGGAACCUGCACCAAUCUGGAUUCAGCUUGUCUGGCGCUCAGGUUGACGACAACAUUCCUCGCCGGAACACCCAGCGCAUUAAUGCGCCACCAGGUGGCAGGGCCAACAUCACCACCCUGGGUUAGAGUGCCACCUACUGCUGCUGAGGAGAGGAUGAGAAGGUUUGAUGAACGAAGUGGGGUGGGGGGGUGGAGAAACCACAUCGGCACCCUGCGCCAGACCCCCCCCCACAGCGCCCAACCAGUCCAUCCAUCAGCCUUGACCUCUCGCCUCCGUCUGAGCAGCGCUUUCAGUUCCACUCUCCUCUUCCCUGAAACCAGAUCCCAGAGGGCACUGUUAAGAAGAAAAACCACCAAAACGUCUGCCUCAUACGAAGA